CACGCGCCGCGCGAGGACCGCACUCGACAUGUCCGGCCCGGAGGAGGACGACGCCACGGAGAAGUUCUCCCUCGAGCUCGAGACGAAGCAGCUGGGCGAGCUGCAGGAGUCGCGCGACGAGCUCCUGAGCCGCGUGAGCAACCUGAAGCAAGAUCUCCAGGACUGGCGCUUCAAGCUCGAUAACCAGGUCAAGGCGUACCGCGGCGAGCUCGGAGAUCUGCGCAAGACGCUCAACUCGGAGGUGGCGCAGCUGCGCGACGAGUUCCAGGACUUGCGCGCGACGCUUCGACAGCAGCUGGAGGCGACCGCGGCGAUCGCGAACGAUCCCGCGGAGGCGCACGCGGACGAGUAGGCGCGACGAAGGGCGGGGGGAAUCGCUGCCGCGAAAGCCAACGGUUGCAGUGGGCGAACAAUAAGGCGCGGAAGGGAAAACUAGCAGCAUCAUCAGCACUAACUAACGUAGCGCGCCGGCGUCGACGGACGACCGGCGUUGUAUCACCAUCAUCGAGUAGCGCGUCG